AUGUCGCAGAAGGAGGAGGCGGAGAGGGAACGAGAAGCGGCUGCUGACGCGCUUCCUCUCCGACGCAGGCUAUGCUCGCCUCGAGCCCUAGUGGGGCCAGCGGGGCUCCCAGGACUGCUCGUGUUCCUGGCAUCAGCAUCAGCUCUCCGAGACAUUGAGCCUCCAGCGCCGAGCCGCGUGUCCAGGAAUGACCCCGUAGAAGGCUGGCUGACUGUCAGGCUGAAUCAUUUCAAAGCCAGCUUUAAUGAUACCUUCCGAAUGCGCUACUACUACAACGACGAGUUCGCCGAAAACAACAACAUCGUGAUCUUCGUGGGCGGUGAAUGGGCCAUCCACCCCGCCUGGACCCAGGGGGGAUUGGCGUAUGAACUCGCUGAGUUAACUAAAUCAGCUCUCUUCUACACUGAGCAUCGGUAUUAUGGAGACACGAGGCCUAGCGCGGACACCAGCGUGGAAGACCUCCGAUACUUGACCGUGGACCAAGCUUUGGGAGACCUUGCUCAGUUCAUCCAGCAUGUCAAGAGCGAUGCUUUCGAAGAUGGUCGCUACAGGAAUGGCUCCGUUGGCUUAGUGGGGUGCUCCUACGCCGGCAGCAUGGCUACAUGGAUGAAACUGGGAUAUCCUCACCUCAUUGAUGCUGCCUUCUCCGACAGUGGACCCUUGCACGCUCAGGAAGAUUUUCCUGAAUACCUAGAGGUGAUAACUGAAGCGAUUCGCAGCCAAGGUAGUGAAGCAUGCUUGACAACCAUCGAACAAGCUGUCGAGCGGAUUGUCGAGCAACUUGCCACGACCACUGGUCCUGCUACUAUCUCUAGUUUAUUCAACACGUGUUCCACCAUCCAGGCUACUCCCUUGGACAUGGCGACGUUCUUCUGGUUCGGCAUCACGGAGACCUUCGCGUAUUUGGUGCAGUACGCCACUCCUGGAGAUAUACCUGAUGCAUGCGCUGUUUUAACUGACUCCUCUGUUGAUGACCCAGUCCAACGCCUAGCCAACUGGAUCACCAGCCAGCCUUGGACGCAGCCCUGCAUCGAGACCCGCUACUCCGUCAUCGUGGAGCAACACACCAACACCAGCUAUGACGCGCCGCAGGCAGUCAUGCGACUCUGGACGUACCAGACCUGCGUAGAAUACGGCUGGUACCAAACAACCACCAGCAACAAUCAGCCUUUCCUCGACACCAUCCCUCUGGAGUACUUCCACCAGAUGUGCAGAGACUUCUUCUCGUCAUACUUUGAUGAGGAACUCCUGGCCUCCGGCGUAUGGCGUACGAACGCCCUGUUCGCCGGGCGCCACCUGCCGGACUGCGUUGUAACCGUGGCCGGCGGACUGGACCCCUGGGCGCCGAUGGGGCCCAAUGUGACCCAUGCGACAGAGAUGGCGCCUGUUUAUGUGGUGCCUACGGUUUCGCAUUGCCGGGCAGUACAAUCAACAGCAUCAAGUGAGACGGAAGAGCUCGCCCGCGCCAAGCGUGCUGUAUUGAGUCACAUGCAAUACUACAUGACCGGGGAACGAUCCUCUGCUAGUACAACUUUCGCUGGUGUCGCCUGUUUAUGGGUCGUAGUUGCUGGAUUCUUACUCAAGUAG